GGGUUUUGUAAUAAUGGCUUGAUUUUAAAAACUCCCGCCCACCUGUACUCGAACAAACUCGAGAGUUUACGCAUGCGGCCGCAUGCGCACUGAGCGCCACUGUCGCUUGAACAUCAAGAUCGAGAACGCGGCUGCGAGUGCUUUGUCUCAAUUAUUAAUUCAAAUAGCAAAUUAAAGUGAACAAAACUAAGGACUUCACUGUGUAAACUAUUCAAUAACAUCAGACAGUGUUAGUGUGUGUAUAAAUACGAGUCCCGGGACAUGCACCAGGUGGUGAAAUAAUUCGCUGUACCCAGAAACCCGCAGAGAAUUGUGGGUGGGGAAGUCACCAGUAUUGAUCAAUGGCCUGAGAUGGUUGCAUUGCUCUUCUCAUGGACUGGAUCCACAUGGUCCCAGUCUUGCGGCGGUUCAAUCAUUAACAACAGAUCUGUCCUCUCUGCUGCUCAUUGCUUUGUCGGCGACUCACCAAAUAAUUGGCGUGUUCGUGCUGGAUCCACGAAUGCUCACAGCGGUGGCAUCGUCCACGAACUUGGACAAAUCAUCAUCCACUCAGGCUACAGUUCCUCUACUUUGGAUAACGAUGUCGCAAUUCUGCGUGUUUCUUCAAACUUCGUUUAUAGUAACGUAAUCAGCGCUGGCAGUAUCGCUGGUACUAACUACAAUCUCGCUGACAACCAAGUGGUCUACGCCACUGGAUGGGGUAGAACUUCCCCUAGUGGACCACUAUCAGAGCAAUUACGCCAAGUGCAGAUCUGGUCCAUUAACCUAGCCACCUGCAGAAGCCGUUAUGCUGAGCUUGGUGCUAUUGUGACUGAUAACAUGUUGUGCUCCGGCUGGUUGGACGUUGGCGGUCGCGACCAGUGCCAGGGUGACUCUGGCGGUCCCCUCUUCCACAACGGUGUCAUCGUCGGUGUUUGCUCUUGGGGAUACUCAUGCGCUACUGCUCGCUACCCUGGCGUCAAUGCUCGCGUUUCCAGUUACACAACCUGGAUACAGGCUAACGCCUAA